GCUACACACUCGAGUCGCUAGCCUGUGCACACAACCCCUAUCGUCGUCGUCUCGUCGACCGGCGCGUAGGGGGGAUGCAUACAUCUACAUCGCUCUCUCCGUCUGUGUGUGCGACUGAGAGAGCCAAGAGUUUUCUUUUUGGUUUGAAUGCCUAUUCGCAUCGCUAAAUUCAUUGUCAUCGAGUUUUUAUUUUCAUAUACUCUCUCUCUCUCUCUCUCUGUCUCUCUCUAUUUAUCUUUCGUUUUGUGGACGAGAGUCAUGUGACUGUGCAUGUGUGUUGUGUCUCGGUGCGCCGAGGUGCGCAACUGACAACACGUUGUGCCGGUCUAAACUGCUGUCUAAGAGUAUAUCUGCAUUUCACUUUUUUUCAUCGAUGUCAACGAUUACCUCGGACCUAAGAUAGAUUCGCAUAUCUGCUGCUCGCAGGCAGACAAGCAGCAGCAGCGAAAUGUGUCUACGGCAAAUAAUGGUGAUCAUCACCUUACUAGACGUUUCAUAAAUUAAAAAAGGGGAGGUGCUGCAAUAAACAUAGUUAGAGAGUCGGCAUGGCUCUGCCGCGGUUAUCGCUCAAGAGGUGCUUCCUAUAUGUGGUCUGUCUCACGGGGAUGCUACUUGUGUUGGUGAAUGUACGCCAGAAGGGCAUUUGGCCAGGAAUCAGAUCGUCAAAUGAGCAGCUGCAGCCUGCCAAAAUCGUAACUGAGAACAUCAAAAUGAAACCUCUAUCGCAGCCUGCGAAACCCGUGACAAAGGCGAAGAAGGUCUCGCGAGUACAACUGAGACCCGUACUGAGAAAGUUUCCAGUUGAGGUAUUGAAUACAACAGGGAUUUUAAAUGCUAUCGAGAGUAUAAUAGACAUAAACGACCCAUUGAAGAAGCCAUGGUACAUGAAGGGCGGAUUAAAAAGGCCAAUCCCGGCUGCUAGGUCGCGUCGUACUGGUCGAAGACUUGCUCGACUUUGGCCUGAAGAAGAUCCUCAUGAUGAUCGAGUGACGAAUCAACUGAUGUUUUUACCACCGGAGUACAAUAAGUCAAGUCCAGACAUACGCUUCAAGAAGAUUUACAUUCCACAUGGUAUGAAUGAUGCGAAGAGUGGCCCAGAUCUCUUUUUUCAACAAGGUUGUCCUGUAAACACUUGUAUGAUAACACGUGAUAAUCCUAAUGACGCAGACUUGAUCCUUUUUAAGGAUUACGUAACGCAUGUAGGUCGACGAAAUCCCAACCAGGUAUGGAUGUUGUAUUUUUUGGAAUGCCCGUAUCACACUCAAAGUGUGAAAAGUGCUAUAGUGAAUUGGACUGCAACUUAUCGACGAGACAGCGAUAUUGUUGCUCCAUACGAACGAUGGCAGUAUUACAAUCCGAAGAUCAUGCAAAUACAACAGAAUUUUAAUUAUGCUGCCAAUAAAACAAAGAAGGUUGCUUGGUUUGUGUCUAAUUGCCAUCCACGCAAUCACCGUAUGCAGUAUGCCAAAGAGCUUUCAAAGCAUAUUCAAGUGGAUAUUUAUGGAGCUUGUGGCACUUUAAGGUGCUCGCGUACACAAUCGCAAGCUUGCUUUGAUAUGCUCGACGCCGACUACAAGUUUUACUUAGCAUUUGAAAACUCCAACUGUCGUGAUUACAUUACUGAAAAGUUUUUUGUCAAUGGUCUAGGGCACAACGUACUGCCAAUUGUGAUGGGCGCCCAUCCAACGGAUUAUGCUCGAAGUGCGCCAUAUCGUUCCUACAUUCACGUGGACGAGUUUGAAUCGCCUCGAGAAUUAGCCGAAUACCUUCACCGACUGGACAACGACGAUGAACUUUACAACUCGUACUUCAAGUGGAAAGGUACAGGAGAGUUUAUCAAUACGUACUUCUGGUGUCGAGUUUGCGCGAUGUUACACGACGAGCGACGAAAGCCAAAGCACUAUAAAGACGUGAACGAGUGGUGGCGAGGUGACGGUGUGUGUGCCGCUAACUCCUGGCGCGAACUCGAUCAUUUGAGAGAUACCUGAGAGGAACUCACAACAGCCACUAUGGCUGAUAAUACUUUUACAAUCUUUAUCAAGGGAAUAAAUCGAUAGAGGUUUUCAAAGCUCCGUUUUGGCAUAAUGGUUUUGUCAAGUGAAUUCUCGGAGUUCAAAUUGACAGGAAUUGUGAUUAUUUAUUUUCAGACAAGUAUAUCUCGGCGCACAACUCGGAUUAUUUGUUGAUGUCAUGUUUUUAUUAAUUUGGCUGAUUUUCAUGAGUUACAAUUAGGUGUAAUACUUUGAACUGAAGUUCAAAACUAUUCUGAAAAAUUUAGUGUUACAUAAAUUAACAAUAAUAUUAUAAGACGGAAGUCCUAAAAUAAAAAAAUGGCACAUUAUAUUCUGUUAUGAUGAAUUUUCACGUGAAAUAUGUCAACAAAGCUGUUAUAUUCUGAUAGAUAAUAUAUACGUUUAUGCAGAAAAGGAAGCUUAGGUCUUUAUUAAAUUUUAUUAAAUUGAUAUGAUUAGAUCGAUUGUUUCUAAUUAUUAACUUCAGUUAUUACAUUAUUGUUACUUUAUUAACAGGAAGUCAUGUAAAAUAUCAAUCAUGUUUAGAAAAGCCCUUGGUACUAAACAAAGACGAAAGACAAUGAUGAUUACAAUAAAAAUAAACAAAUAGUUUUGAAGUAUAUCGGAAUGUUCAAUUUCUGAUGGUACUUCAAAAUUUCAUUAUUAGGAUAGAAAUCAGAGGUGUCUAAUAUAAGGCCCCUGAAUAUUUUUUUAGCGUAGAAAAAAAAUUGCAUGUGUUUCGUAGUAAGUAGUCGCAGACACGUCUGGCGAAAAAUUCAGAAUAUAAAUAUGUGCCAUUUUCAAUAUGAAUCAAAAUUAAUGGGAAAUAAUCUUGUACAGGAACUUCAUAUUUUCAGAAACUGCUUGAGGAAACAUUUGUUUUGAAAAGUAAUAUAAGAUCUCAAAUAUUAAACGUAUGAAGCAUAAUAAAAUAAUCAACUAAUCAACUUACAUGGUAAAAGUCUAUAUAUUUUUCGGUGCGAUAUUAGUUUCAUUUACAUUUAUUUGUUUCACCAACCUGCAGACAGCAUUUUCAAUAAUAAGUCAAACUGAAUAUGAGCUGUUUUAUACUUUUAGAUAAUACGAACAAAAAAUUUAAUACAAUAUAGCGCAUAAAUCAUCGCAAAAUGCGAGUAUUUUGACGUAGCACAAUUUUUUCAUAUUUUUAAUGUAUGUUACAGCAUAUACAUAAAUUUAAAUAGUUCCUAGGGUAUAUUUUAUACUUCAGUGAUCGCGAAUGAGCACCCGUUACAUUAUUAUGUAACGUAAAUCGAAAGAAACUGAUGGGAUUGAAUCGAUGCCAUGAGUCGAUUUUCUUGUAUAUUUUGGAUUUCAAAAAUGUGUUAUGAUGUUUUGAUAAUUGAAAUAGAUGUAUGAAUUUCCGUUGCAAAUAUAAAACUUAGAUGACACUCACUUGUGCAUAACUUAAUCAAAUUUUUUGAUUAAAAGAUAUUUUUCACUUUCUUCGCUAUGACUAUGAUUUCCACAAAGUUAUUUGUAUUUGUUAUACAAUUUGAUAUGUUUAUCAGUCAUUCGAAUUGACUUUUAUUUUCUCGGCUCAUUUUAUUUCAAUCCGAUUAUAGUUUUACGCCAAGGAUCAUAUGCAUUUAUUUAACAUAUGUUAGCUCAUAUUCGUCACUCUUCGUUAAAUAAUAUUAUUUAACGAAAAGUUAUCAUUUUAAAUGCACAAAAGCUAGUUGCAAUAGGAAGAUACCGAAAAAUGUAAUUCAAAUGCGCCGAAUGGAUUACUGUUAAUGACAAAUACCGCGACUGACUAAAUGAUGAAAAAAAAUCGAACGAGAUUUUUUUCUCGACUGUGUUAGACGACGUUCGACAUUCGAAAUACAGUCCAUACUAAUUAAGAAUAACAACUGAAUUAGUUAGAGUGAAGUUUGUUUAAAUGAUAAUUAUUACUCAAUAACGACGAGUUGAUCUUGUCAUUUUGUAAUAGACUAAAAAUUUCCAUAAUACGAAUCUUGUUAAAGAAUUGUCAAUUGUCACGUAAAUGUUAUAGCACAUUCAAUUGCGUAAAAACUUUUGUACAGUUCUUUCAAAUUGUAAGGAUUAUCAAUUCGAUUGACAUAUCGUUUUAGUUAAAGGGUUUUAAAUAUAAUUAGGUAGGAAAUUACAUAUGAUAUAGACAUGGAUUUAUUGUAUCCAUUUGAAAAGAUUCUUUCUACAAUAUUGUAUCUCAAUACAUUAUUUUUUUGCAUAAAGAUACUUUUUAUGUCAGUUUGUUAAGUCUAUAGUUAGAAAAAAUUUUCGUAGUGACUCAAUCAUAUUUAAUAAAUAUUGAUUAUUAAAAAUUUAAUGCAAACACGGUCUUGUCAAAAGCUCGAAAAAAAUGGUGCUGAUAGUUUUGUAUAAAAUAUGAUUUGAUUCUAUACAUUUUACAUCGAAUAUAUACGUAGGAUUCUAAUUAAUGAGCGGUUGUCUGUAUUAUAUCCUGUAUCUAGUCUACGAUUAAUGAUUUUGUAAAUAGUAGCUUGUAAAACGUUAAUCGUUACUGUGCUCGUAAAGGUUAUGUAAAAAAUGUUAGGUAAUUUGUACGAGAGAAAAGAGAAUGCAGAAUCUGCAUAUAAUCAUAAAAAUAAAAUGUAAGUGCAAUGGAAAUCUGUAGUAUUGAAAUAUUUUUGUAGUUAAUUGCUUUAGUAUUAAUUGCUAAUAAUUUAUUAUUUAAAAUUUGCCACGAAUAAUCAAAGUUUUAUUCGAAACACAAAAGACAAAAUAAUACAAAUUUCUAUGAGCAUUUAAAUAUUUUCUAGUCAUUUAUAGAGAUUUGGAUGCUUUUAGUUAAUUGUUACAAAAUUAUUUAUAUUUCAUUAUAUUUGACUGAUUCGUAUUACAUCUUAAUCAUUUUUAUUUAGAUUUUCAUAUUUUUUUAAUAUGAAAUUUCUUUAUUGAUGUUUC